GUACGGCUUCGCUUCAACAUGCGACAACGAGGAGGAUCCCACCAGCAUUGCGGUGUCGGACUGCGAGUUCUACGAUAUCACCGGCAACGAUCCUCGUGCAUCAUUCAAGUCACAGACAAGUGCAUGCAGCAAGUCGCAAACCCAUGAUAAAGAAGAGUU